UUAAGUGUUCAUGCGUAAUCAUUCUAAAAAUAAUGGCUGAAGACCUAAGUGAGAUUUUCCAGAUCGAGUACGAUGCUAUUGUGCUAGGAACAGGCUUAAAGGAAAGUAUACUCUCAGGCCUACUAGGAUGUGAAGGAAAAAGAAUACUACAUUUGGAAACUAAAUCAUAUUAUGGUUCCGAGUGUGCUUCUAUCACACCGUUGCCAAUGUUGUACAGGUUAUUUGGUAAAAACAAAGCGCCAGAAGAAAAGGAUUUCGGAAAUUUUAAAGAUUAUAACGUUGAUUUAAUCCCAAAGUUUCUUAUGGGGGGCGGCAACCUCGUUAGAAUGUUAAUUCAAACCGGAGUCACCCGUUACCUUCAGUUUAAAAACGUUGAUGGCAGUUUUGUUUACAAAGGAGGAAAACUUUAUAAAGUUCCUGUUACUGGUGAAGAAGCUCUGAAAUCUUCCUUAAUGGGUAUUUUUGAGAAAAGACGUUUCGCCAAAUUUCUUUCUUGGAUUCAAAACUGGGAGGAGGACGAUAAGAAAACCUGGAAUAACUUAGACCCGGAGAAAACUACAAUGGAGGAGGUUUUUUCCCACUGGAAACUUGAUAAAAACACGCAAGACUUCAUAGGCCAUGCGGUAGCGCUGCACACCGAUGAUUCGUACCUUUACCGUAAGGGCUAUUCGGACUUUAUUCAAAGAGUCAAGUUGUACAGCAACUCACUUGCUCUGUACAAAACUUCGCCUUAUAUCUACCCGCUCUAUGGUCUAGGAGAUCUGCCUCAAGGGUUUUCGCGUUUGUCGGCCGUGUAUGGUGGUACCUUCAUACUGAGGCAACCAAUCGAGGAAGUGCACUAUGACGAGAACGGGACUGCCGUUGGCGUUAAAAUUAAUCAUAACGGGGAGAUUAAAGUGGCUCGAGGUAAGUGCGUGAUCGGAGAACCUGCUUACUUUUUGAAUAAGGUAGAAAAGGUUGGCCAAGUAGUCCGAUGCAUCUGUAUCCUUGAUGCGCCCAUCCCUCAAACGCAAAAUGCGCAGAGCUGCCAAAUUAUUAUUCCACAGAAUCAAGUGGGGAGGCAAAACGAUCUCUAUGUAAUGGUUAUCUCUUCCGCCCACUGCGUCUGUCCCGCCGGUCGAUACAUAGCCAUUGCGAGUACUACCGUUGAGACCGCCAACCCUCAUGGCGAGCUCGAGACAGCUCUAAGGCUGCUCGGUCCUAUCCGAGAGAAAUUCUACGCCGUAAAGGAUAUGCUGGUGCCAACAGACGACGGCAGUAAAUCGCGGUGUUUUAUCUCCUCCACGUACGAUGCCACUUCUCACUUUGAGUCCAUGUGUGAUGAUAUCUUAGACAUAUGGAGACGCAUGACUGGAAAAGAACUGGACUUAACCAAGCAAAUAAAUCCAAAUCAGGAAGACGACUAAAAAACGCAAAUAAAUUAACAUAGCUUUAUUAUGAUCUAAA